GGGGGCGGGGGACGUACGCAUUCCUUGCCCGCUCUCUCUCGUGACUGUCUCGCGCUCAGGUGCCGGUCUCGCGCGCCGCUCUCUCCCCCUCCCCCGCGUCAAGCCGUGUUUGCAGAAUGGCUCGCGCCGCAGGCUUUGCAUGGUCUCUCUCGCUGCUAUUGACCCUCCUUGGUUUCAGCGCCGGCGUCCAUAAGGCGCGAAAGCCUAACGUGGUGCUUAUUGUAACAGAUGACCAAGACGCCUGCCUCGGCGGAAUGACGCCACUGAAAAAGACCAAUGCCCUUAUUGCAGAGAAGGGGAUAAGCUUCUCCAAUGCUUAUGUACCCAGUGCAUUGUGCUGUCCCAGCAGAGCCAGCAUUUUAACAGGAAAAUAUCCACAUAAUCACCAUGUUGUCAAUAACACUCUGGAGGGAAACUGCAGCAGCAAAUCCUGGCAGAAGAUGCAGGAACCAUAUACUUUUCCAGCUAUUCUGAAGUCUAUGUGUGGCUAUCAGACCUUCUUUGCUGGGAAAUACUUGAAUGAGUAUGGAGCAGAUGAUGCUGGAGGAAUUGGCCAUGUUCCUCCUGGGUGGAGUUUCUGGUAUGCAUUGGAAAAAAAUUCGAAGUACUACAAUUACACACUUUCAGUAAAUGGAGAAGCACGAAAGCAUGGUGAGAACUACAGUGUCGAUUACCUGACAGAUGUACUGGCCAACAUGUCUUUGGAUUUUCUGAAAUAUAAAUCCAACUUUGAGCCUUUCUUCAUGAUGAUAGCAACUCCGGCACCACACUCACCAUGGGUAGCUGCUCCUCAGUACCAGAAGAGCUUCCAGAAUGUCAGUGCUCCAAGAAGCAGUAAUUUCAAUAUUCAUGGAAAGGACAAACAUUGGCUCAUCAGGCAAGCAAAGACUCCAAUGAUUAAUUCGUCAAUACAAUUUCUAGAUGAUGCUUUUAGGAAAAGGUGGCAGACUCUACUAUCAGUGGAUGAUAUGGUAGAAAAACUUGUGAAGAGGCUGCAAUCCCAUGGAGAACUGGACAAUACAUACAUCUUUUUCACAUCUGACAAUGGCUUUCAUACAGGCCAGUUUUCUUUACCUAUUGACAAACGUCAGCUUUAUGAGUUUGACAUCAAAGUUCCAUUGUUGGUUCGAGGACCAGGGAUCAAACCCAACCAAACAAAUAAGAUGCUUGUGGCAAACAUUGACUUGGGUCCGACUAUAUUAGAUAUUGCAGGCUAUGAUCUAAAUAAAACACAGAUGGAUGGGAUGUCACUGUUACCACUAAUGAGAGGAGACACAAAUGUGACCUGGAGAUCAGAUGCUUUGGUUGAAUACCAAGGAGAAGGGCAUAACAGCAGUGAUCCUACCUGUCCUGCCCUCGGGCCUGGUGUCACACAUUGUUUUCCAGAUUGUGUUUGUGAAGAUGCUUACAACAACACAUAUGCAUGUGUAAGGACACUCUCAGCUUUGUGGAAUCUGCAGUACUGUGAAUUUGAUGAUCGGGAGGUAUUUGUUGAAGUUUACAACUUGACUGCUGAUCCACACCAGCUAAACAAUAUUGCAAAAACAAUAGAUCAAGAAAUCUUAGAAAAAAUGAACUAUCGACUAAUGAUGUUGCAGUCCUGUUCUGGAUCAACUUGCCGCACACCAGGAGUCUUUGACCCAGGAUACAGGUUCAAUCCACAUCUGAUGUUCAGCAAUCAUGGAGCUGCACCUCGCAGACUUUUCACACGUUCCUUGUAGCUGCAUCCACUAGCCCGUUUGCCCAUUUCUUCAAAGUCACUGCAGCAGAUCUGCCUAGUUCAUUCUGACCACACUUUUAAAAAACUGGAUUAGUUGGCUUUGUUUGAAGAAAACAACUUCCAGCUGGUUACCGUGUGCAAUACAUGUAUAUUACAGACAUGGUUAAUCUGGGUUGUUACUGAAGUACAGUGUUAACUUGAUAUUAAUCUGAUUUACUGUUUUGUAAAUGAGAUUGUUAACUGCUUAAAAACUUAAUGUGUGGGAAGGAAGUUGUGAGGAAACUGGGGCAGGGAUAGAGAAGUUAUGCUGCACCUGUCCCAUAGCCAGUGGCAACAAUCAAUCUCUUUGUAGUUGGAGCCACUACCUAACAAGCUUUAUGUGUGGUUCUGGAUGGUGUUUUUGCUUUUAAGUCUAGUUUAAUUAAAUUAACCAGGAAGGUUGCCAUCCAUUGUCUUCUCAGCUGCCCAAUCUGAGCUGGAGUUGCUGAUUAGCACUUGUUUGCCUUGCACUGACUUCAUAGUACUAGCUUUCAAAUCUGAACCAAACCAGUGAAUGGACACUAUUCCCAAAAGCACCUCAACAUCCAACAUUUUGUUCUGAGCAGUAACAAACAAGGGUGAUGUGAAUGCAAAACUAAUUGUCUUUCUCAAGAGUUGCAAAUACUAAUUUAGCAAUUUACAACAGAAAAUGAGGUUGUCCCAGAAAGUUGUUUUGGGAUCAAAAAUUAAUUAGGUUAAGUCUGCACUAAGAGCCCUUUAUGCUAAAGGAUUGCAAGUUGUAUCUUGUUAGCACUCAAGUUUGAUGCUUGGGAAAAUAAUGGUUAGUUCAUAUCUGUUUACUGAUGUGAAAUACAGUUUCAGCACUUUCAGAAAUUAGAAGCUACUAAUUUUUUAACGCAUUAGCCUUUAAUUAUCCUAAAAGUGAUGGAUUACCAGUUAAACAUAUGUGUAGCUAUGGGGUACAUCUUAUGCAAUGAAGAAUUUGUGUCCCAUCUUGAGUGAAGUAGGUGACACAGCAAUAGAAGCUCUUUUCAAUGUGGAAAUCUCUUGCUAAAUUGACAGCAGAGAGGUUUAGGGUCAAAUGCCAUUCCCUUACGUAGUAGGAAAAAACAGCAUGCCUUUUACCUGAAACAAGUAAUAUCAUUAGCCAGGAACGGUUAGUCAGAACUGACUCCUUACAAAAGCAGCUUCCUUUGUAAUAGGCUGUGCCUGGUCAUCUGUAAAGUAGGCUGAAUCAGUUGUGGCAUUUUGGAAGUGGUGUGAUGCAUGGAAAUUGCUCACUCUAGAUUUAAGCUGUUGCUGUUCAUAUAACGGGAGCUUAAAAUCAGUUCACACUGAGGCAUAUAUCGCCACCUGUCUCAGAAUACACAUGGAACAUUUUUGUUCCAGUCUUGGUUUCAGGAAGAAAGCUUUUCAGAUGAGAUCAACAACUUAUUUCUUCUAGUGUGUGGUAAUUGAACCCUGUGAGCUAUGUCUCUCUGAACAUUUGAACUGGAUCUUACAACUACAGGAAGCUAAAUACAGGCUCUCUGUGCACAUUGCAUCAGGUACAAGGAGUGUUAAUAUACCAAGAAGCUGCCUUUUUAAAAAAAAAAGAUUCAGAAGGAAUGACUGGUAAAUACUGAAAGGGGAAUGCCUUCUUUGGAACUCAUGUAUGCCACUUGGAGCAGAACAUAAUUUGUAAUCAGACAUAAGAUGAAUCCUUCACCAUUGAAUUAGUCUCACAGCUGAUUUGUCAGAGUUCAUCUGAUAGAAGUGGAAAUUUUGGGAUUUACUUAUAAAGAACAUAAAAGCCAAUCAAGAUGAAUAACAGCAAAUUGCAAGUUUCUCAUACGAAACAGUUGCUAAUAAAGAUUAGUUUACUAAAUUGCUCAAUUUGAUGUCUGUUCUAGUUUUCAGAGGAAAUAUAUGUAAAUAGUACUGUUGCAAGCCACAACUUUAAUCUAGCAAAUCAAAAUUCAUUAGGUAUCUUAAUAACCACCUUUGAAAAUAGCAACUGUUAGCAGCCUAAAGGAACACAAUUGGACACUUUCAGGUACAGCUUUAAACCAGCAUUAUGAUUUUGUGCAUAAUUCAUCAUGUUCCCCCACUCCCAGUUGUACCACAAAAAGGUCUAUAUCCUUGGUUUUCCCUGUAUUAUUUUCCUGCUGUUUUUAGUGAUCUUGUUCUUUAGAUGAGAAAUUGAGUGUAUCAUCAUAUUGUCACUAACUUUUGUCCUAUGUUUUGUUUUCUGUUUAAUGCAUGAUAUAAGUACGUAUUCUCUCUCAACCUUUAUUUGUACAGUAGCCCAGAAUUAACUGUAUAGCAUUUUAGCAGCCUUCUUGGUGAGCCACUAACAAGUAAUUUGAAUACAUACACUGCAUUGUGUGUGUAAAGUUUUGAAUUUCAGGUCUGUAAGGGCAAAGGUACAGUACUUUGUGGCCGUUAACAGCAAAAAGACCAUAGGACUAAGUAAUGCUUUCCCACAACUAACAUGCCACUCUAAAGUUUAUUCUCAAAAUUAUUCAACAAGUGCAAAACCAGGCUUUCUUAAAGGCAACUUAUUUUGGAAAUCUGGUACUUUCAGUUCAUGUAUCAUAACAACCUCUGAUCUCCCUGUGGUUGCAGCAUCCUUCUUUGGCACUUUCCCUCCUUCAGGACAAAAGGAUAGUUUAAGUAUUUAAUGGUGCUUGAAGCCAUGAAAUCGGAUGUUCUGUUUUAAGGCCUCUCUAUUCCUCAUGUGUUCUCUUAAUGAAAAGACAAUGUGUACAUGCCAGCUUUCUUGUUCAUGAACCAUAGCAUUUAGAAAGUGCCCUUUGAAGGACCCCGUGUAUUGCUGCACUUUUAGGUUUCUGUAUACAACAAAUUGUGAAUUAAAAUGAAAGACAAAUUGUUCAGCA